CGCCUCCGGAGCCGGGGCUGCCCGCCGGGCUCUCCGUGCGUCUUGCCUAGAGCUCCGGCCAGGGCGCGGCGGAGGGCAGAACCGCCGGUCUCCAUCCUCCGGCCGGCAGGAGGCUUCGUGCCCAGGCGCCUGCAACAACAGUCCGGGACGCCCAGCCCAGAAGACGUCCCCAUCACCCCGCAGCCGGCGCGGACAUGGGCGCGCGGGGUUGCGCGCCGGGCCGCUGGACCCGCAAAGUUUGCUAGCUGGCUGGGCGCGGAGCCGAGGGCGCGCCCGGGCCCAGCGCCCCUGGGAGGGACCGAGAGUCCCCAGAUUGGGCGCCAGGGCUGUGGAGCCGACAGGGGUGGCUCGGCCCCAUCAGAUGCCGCCUGCAAAGUUAGAGAGAAGAAAACUUCAGCUCCAGGGAGAUUCGGACCGCGAUGCAAACCGCGCCCCCCGAAACCCGCGCCCCUGAAAGAAUCCCCUCACCGGCGUCUGCCGCCACGCUCGGCUACCGCCCGGCCCCCGGGGCAAGGCGCCUGGAACCGCUGUGACUGCGUCCUCCCGGACGACCCAACCAGGGGGCGGGGAGGGGGCGGGGGGCGGGCAACGUGGCCACUGGAGGAAGUUUCCUGAAGUUGUCCUUUUAGUCCGGAGCCCAGCCCGCGACCCGACCGAAUCGCUGAGGCCGCCCUGCCUGGAAGAAGAAGUCGGAGUUGGGGUGCUAAGGGAGGGAGGCGCACCGAGUCCGAGAGCACUGCUUUCCUCUUUCUCUUGGCUCGCCCCUCGCCUUCCGGGCGCGCCGCCGGUUUCGGACUUGGACAGAAGAGGACGUGGAAGGGUUGGGGUCGCCAGAGCUGCCCCUCCUGGGCAUAUACCGCCCCGGGCCAGAGCCGCGUAGACAGUCUCUCAGGACGAAGCCUCGGGGUAUCGGACCCCACCAGGAUUAUAAAACAGUGCGGAGGACCCCCCGACCCCCGGCUGGUCAUCAUGUGGGGGCUGCUGAUCUGGACUCUGCUGGCCUUGCACCGGAUCCCCCAGGCCAGAGCCCAAGAUGACGUGGCCCCCUAUUUCAAGACGGAGCCAGUGCGGACACAGGUGCACCUGGAGGGGAACCGCCUGGUGCUCACGUGCAUGGCGGAGGGCAGCUGGCCGCUGGAGUUCAAGUGGCUCCACAACAACAGAGAGCUGACCAAAUUCUCCCUGGAGUACAGGUACAUGAUCACCAGCCUGGACCGCACCCACGCUGGCUUCUACCGCUGCAUCGUGCGUAACCGGAUGGGCGCCCUGCUGCAGCGGCAAACGGAGGUCCAGGUGGCCUACAUGGGGAGCUUUGAGGAGGGUGAGAAGCGCCAGAGUGUCUCCCAUGGAGAGGCCGCCGUCAUCCGUGCCCCGCGUAUCGCCAGCUUCCCCCGGCCCCAGGUGACUUGGUUCCGGGACGGCCGCAAGAUCCCGCCCAGCAGCCGCAUAGCGAUCACCCUGGAGAACACUCUUGUCAUCCUGUCCACGGUGGCCCCGGACGCAGGCCGGUACUAUGUGCAGGCGGUUAAUGACAAAAACGGGGACAACAAGACCAGCCAGCCCAUCACUGUCGCCGUGGAGAAUGUAGGGGGCCCUGCCGACCCCAUUGCUCCAACCAUCAUCAUUCCUCCCAAGAACACCAGCGUGGUGGCCGGGACCUCGGAGGUGACCAUGGAGUGCGUGGCCAACGCCAGGCCCCUGAUCAAGCUGCACAUCAUUUGGAAGAAGGAUGGGGUACUGCUGGCAGGUGGCAUCAGUGACUACAACCGCCGGCUCACCAUUCCCAACCCCACGGGCAGCGACACCGGCUACUACGAGUGUGAGGCCGUGCUUCGCAGCAGCAGCGUCCCGUCUGUCAUCCGUGGUGCCUAUCUGUCUGUGCUGGAACCGCCUCAGUUUGUCAAGGAGCCAGAGAGACACAUCACAGCGGAGAUGGAGAAAGUGGUGGACAUUCCCUGUCGGGCCAAAGGGGUGCCGCCACCCUCCAUCACCUGGUACAAGGACGCAGCUGUGGUCGAGGUGCCCAGGCUGAGCCGCUUCCGGCAGCGUGGUGACGGGGGCCUGCAGAUCAGCGGGCUGCUGCCUGACGACACCGGCAUGUUCCAGUGCUUUGCCCGCAACGCCGCCGGUGAGGUGCAGACUUCCACCUACCUGGCUGUCACCAGCAUUGCCCCCAACAUCACCAGGGGCCCCUUGGACAGCACGGUGAUUGACGGCAUGUCCGUGGUGCUGGCUUGUGAGACUUCAGGAGCUCCCCGGCCGGCCAUCACUUGGCAGAAAGGGGAGCGCAUCCUGGCCAGCGGCUCUGUCCAGCUGCCUCGCUUUACACUCCUGGAGUCGGGCAGCCUGCUCGUCAGUCCCACCCACAUCUCUGAUGCCGGGACCUACACCUGUUUGGCGACCAACUCUCGGGGAGUCGACGAAGCCUCGGCCGACCUGGUCGUGUGGGCCCGCACCCGCAUCACCAAGCCCCCCCAGGACCAGAGUGUCAUCAAGGGUACCCAGGCCUCCAUGGUGUGCGGCGUGGCCCACGACCCCCGGGUGACCAUCAGGUACGUCUGGGAGAAGGACGGGGCCACCCUGGGCAUGGAGAGCAACCCCCGCAUCCGCCUGGACAAAAACGGCUCCCUGCACAUCUCGCAGACGUGGUCAGGGGACAUUGGCACGUACACCUGCCGAGUGCUCUCAGCUGGAGGCAACGAUUCGCGCAGUGCUCACCUGCGUGUCAGGCAACUGCCUCACGCUCCUGAGCACCCGGUGGCCACUCUCAGCACCUCGGAGAGGCGGGCCAUCAACCUGACGUGGGCCAAGCCCUUCGAUGGCAACAGUCCCCUGAUCCGCUACGUCCUGGAGAUGUCGGAGAACAAUGCUCCAUGGACCGUGCUCCUGGCCAGUGUGGACCCUGAGGCUACCUCGGUGACGGUCAAGGGCUUGGUUCCCGCGCGUUCCUACCAGUUCCGCCUCUGUGCAGUCAAUGACGUGGGGAAAGGACAGUUCAGCAAGGACACGGAGAGGGUCUCCCUCCCUGAGGAGCCCCCUACGGCCCCUCCGCAGAAUGUCAUUGCUAGCGGCCGGACCAACCAGUCUAUUAUGAUCCAGUGGCAGCCGCCUCCUGAGAACCACCAGAAUGGCCUCCUCAAGGGCUACAUCAUCAGGUACUGCCUGGCCGGGCUGCCUGUUGGGUACCAGUUUAAGAACAUCACAGAUGCGGACGUCAACAACCUGCUGCUAGAGGAGCUCAUCAUCUGGACCAACUACGAGAUCGAGGUGGCCGCUUACAACAGUGCUGGGCUGGGUGUUUACAGCAGCAAAGUCACGGAGUGGACGCUGCAGGGAGUCCCCACAGUCCCUCCGGGCAACGUGCAUGCAGAAGCCACCAAUUCCACGACCAUCCGUUUCACCUGGACCGCCCCCAGCCCCCAGUUCAUCAACGGCAUCAACCAGGGCUACAAGCUGAUCGCCUGGGAGCCCGAGCAGGAAGAGGAGGUUACCAUGGUAACUGCCCGGCCCAACUUUCAAGACAGCAUCCAUGUGGGCUUCGUGUCUGGCCUGAAGAAGUUCACCGAGUACUUCACCUCCGUGCUAUGCUUCACCACUCCCGGAGACGGGCCUCGCAGCACCCCCCAGCUGGUGCGCACCCAUGAGGAUGUGCCUGGGCCUGUGGGACACCUGAGCUUCAGUGAAAUCCUGGACACCUCGCUGAAGGUCAGCUGGCAAGAGCCGGGGGAGAAGAAUGGCAUCCUCACAGGGUACCGGAUCUCCUGGGAGGAGUAUAACCGAACCAACACCCGCGUGACACACUACCUGCCCAACGUGACCCUGGAGUACCGCGUCACGGGCCUCACUGCGCUCACCACCUACACCAUCGAGGUGGCCGCCAUGACCGCCAAGGGCCAGGGCCAGGUGUCGGCCUCUACCAUCUCCUCCGGGGUGCCUCCAGAACUGCCAGGGGCCCCCACCAAUCUGGGCAUUUCCAAUAUUGGCCCCCGCUCCGUGACCUUGCAGUUCAGGCCCGGCUACGAUGGGAAAACCUCCAUCUCCCGCUGGCUGGUGGAGGCCCAGGUGGGUGUAGUCGGGGAGGGAGAGGAGUGGCUGCCGAUUCACCAGCUCACCAACGAGCCUGACGCCCGCUCCAUGGAAGUUCCGGACCUCAACCCCUUCACCUACUACAGCUUCCGCAUGCGCCAGGUGAACAUUGUGGGCACGAGCCCACCCAGCCAGCCUUCUAGAAAGAUCCAGACCCUCCAGGCGCCCCCGGACAUGGCCCCAGCCAACGUAACCCUGCGCACGGCCAGUGAGACCAGCCUGUGGCUCCGCUGGGUGCCUCUCCCGGAGAUGGAAUAUAACGGGAGCCCCGAGUCGGUGGGCUACAAGAUUAAGUACAGCCGGGCAGACGGCCGCGGCAAGACACUGAGCCAUGUGGUCCACGACCGUGUGGAACGGGAAUACACCAUUGAGGACCUGGAAGAGUGGACGGAGUACCGUGUCCAGGUGCAGGCCUUCAACGCCAUCGGGAGCGGGCCCUGGAGCCAGAUGGUGAUGGGCAGGACUCGGGAGUCAGUCCCAUCCUCGGGCCCCACCAACGUGUCUGCGCUGGCCACCACCUCCAGCAGCAUGCUGGUGCGCUGGAACGUGGUCCCUGAGGCCGACCGCAACGGGCUCGUGCUGGGCUAUAAGGUGGUGUAUAAGGAGAAGGACUCAGACUCCCAACCCCGAGUCUGGCUGGUGGAAGGGAACUCGUCACGCAGCGUCCAGCUCACAGGCUUGGGCAAGUACGUGCUCUACGAGGUCCAGGUGCUGGCCUUCACACGCGUCGGGGACGGCAGCCCCAGCCACCCUCCCAUCCUGGAGCGGACGCUGGAUGACGUCCCCGGACCACCCAUGGGUAUCCUGUUCCCAGAGGUGAGGACCACAUCUGUGAGGCUGAUCUGGCAGCCCCCUGCUGCCCCCAACGGCAUCAUUCUGGCUUACCAGAUCACACACAGGCUCAAUGCCACCACAGCCAAUACUGCCACCGUGGAAGUACUACCACCCAGCGCCCGCCAGUAUACGGCCACCGGCCUCAAGCCAGAGUCUGUCUACCUGUUCCGCAUCACGGCCCAGACGCGCAAGGGCUGGGGAGAGGCCACCGAGGCCUUGGUGGUGACCACGGAGAAGAGAGACCGCCCGCAGCCCCCCAGCAAGCCAGUGGUACAGCAGGAGGACGUGAAGGCACGCAGCGUGCUGCUGUCCUGGGAGCCGGGGAGCGAUGGGCUGUCCCCCGUGCGCUACUACACCAUCCAGACCCGGGAGCUGCCCAGCGGCAGGUGGGCGCUGCACUCGGCCUCCGUGAGCCACAACGCCUCCACCUUCGUGGUGGACAGGCUCAAGCCUUUCACGUCCUACAAGUUUCGCGUGAAGGCGACCAAUGACAUUGGGGACAGCGAGUUCAGCGAGGAGUCGGAACCACUGACCACGCUGCAGGCCGCUCCCGACGAAGCGCCCACCAUUAUCUCGGUGACACCUCACACCACCACGUCUGUGCUGAUCAGAUGGCAGUCACCAGCCGAGGACAAGAUCCACGGCAUCCUCCUGGGCUUUCGGAUUCGGUACCGGGAGCUGCUCUACGAUGGCCUAAGAGGUUUCACGCUACGAGGCAUCAACAACCCAGGGGCCAAGUGGGCAGAGCUGACCUCCUUGUUCUCCAUGCGGAACCUGACCCGGCCCAGCCUCACGCAGUACGAGCUGGACAACCUGAACAAGCACCGGAGAUACGAAAUCCGAAUGAGCGUGUACAAUGCGGUGGGCGAGGGGCCCUUGAGUCCCCCACAGGAGGUCUUUGUCGGGGAGGCAGUGCCCACGGCAGCGCCCCUCAACGUGGCCGUCCACAGUGCCACGGCCACACAGCUGGACGUGACGUGGGAGCCACCCCCACUGGAGAGCCAGAAUGGAGACAUCCAAGGCUACAAGAUUUAUUUCUGGGAAGACCAGCAGCGGAACCUCACGGAACGGGUGAAGACGCUUUUCCUGGCUGAGAACAGCGUGAAGCUCAAGAACCUGACUGGCUACACCACCUACAUGGUCAGCGUGGCAGCCUUCAACGCUGCGGGGGACGGGCCUCGGAGCACCCCCACCCGGGGCCAGACCCAGCAAGCAGCCCCCAGCGCUCCCAGCUCGGUCAAGUUCAGUGAGCUGACCACAACCUCGGUGAAUGUGUCCUGGGAGGCCCCACGGUUCCCCAACGGUGUCCUGGAGGGCUACCGGCUGGUGUACGAGCCCUGCACCCCCGUGGACGGAGUCAGUAAAAUCGUGACGGUGGACGUGAAGGGGAAUAGCCCUCUGUGGCUGAAGGUGAAGGACCUGGCAGAGGGCAUGACCUAUAGAUUCCGUAUCAGAGCCAAGACCUUCACGUACGGGCCUGAGAUCGAGGCCAACAUCACCACCGGCCCAGGCGAAGGUGCCCCGGGACCACCUGGAGUGCCCAUCAUCGUGCGGUACAGCUCUGCCAUCGCCAUCCACUGGUCCAGCGGAGACCCUGGCAAAGGGCCCGUCACCCGCUACGUCAUAGAGGCCAGGCCUUCAGACGAGGGGCUAUGGGACAUCCUCAUCAAAGACAUCCCCAAGGAGGUGACCUCCUACACGUUCAGCAUGGACAUCCUGAGGCCGGGCGUGAGCUAUGACUUCCGGGUCAUUGCAGUCAAUGACUAUGGUUUUGGCACCCCCAGCAGCCCCUCCCAGUCUGUACCAGCCCAAAAAGCCAACCCGUUCUACGAGGAGUGGUGGUUCCUGGUGGUCAUCGCUCUCGUCGGCCUCAUCUUCAUCCUGCUUCUGGUCUUUGUGCUCAUCAUCCGGGGCCAGAGCAAGAAGUACGCCAAGAAGACGGACUCGGGGAACAAUGCCAAGUCUGGUGCCCUGGGCCACGGGGAGAUGAUGAGCCUGGACGAAAGCAGUUUUCCUGCCCUGGAACUCAACAACCGACGACUGUCCGUCAAGAACUCAUUCUGCCGAAAGAAUGGCCUGUACACCAGGUCUCCGCCCCGGCCCAGCCCGGGCAGCCUGCACUACUCUGACGAGGAUGUCACCAAGUACAACGACCUCAUCCAGGCCGAGAGCAGCAGCCUGACUGAGAAGCCCUCGGAAAUCUCCGACUCUCAGGGAAGCGACAGCGAGUAUGAGGUCGACCCGAACCCCCAGAAGGCCCACUCUUUUGUCAACCAUUACAUCAGCGACCCCACUUACUACAACUCGUGGCGGCGGCAGCAAAAGGGGAUCUCCAGGGCCCAGGCCUACAGCUACACGGAGAGCGACUCGGGGGACCCAGACCACGCCACCAUGGCCAACAGCAGCAGUGCCCAGCAGGGCAGCCUCUUUCGGCCCAAGGCCAGUCGGACCCCAACGCCCCAAAACCCCCCUAACCCCCCAAGUCAGCAGAGCACCCUCUACCGCCCCCCCAGCAGCCUCGCCCCUGGCUCCCGGGCUCCUAUAGCAGGAUUUUCAUCAUUUGUUUGACGUCUGAAGAGGAAAAGGGAAAAGAAAAAUGGCACCAAACUCCCCCUCCCCGCAGCACCGCCUGCCAGAAAACAAAAACACCAAGAAACCAAGACACCAAGUCAACUGUUCACCUCCUGAGUUUAUUUUUCCAGAUUCCAGGGCCAGCAAAGCUGGUGUGAGAAGGAGGGAGAAGAAAACCACGAGAGGACGUGUGUGGCCAGCGAUUGGUCAGCUUCAGGACUGCGGGGUUUGCUGCUCCUUCAGGGGUGGGGAGGAGCUGGGGGAGCAGCUGUGGUGGGCACGAGUGGGUCGGGCCCCUGGAGGGAGAGGAAGAGAGAAGGCAGAGGGCUGGAGGGCUGCACGACAGGCGUGGCUGAAGGGAGAAGAAACUGCUGGAAACCCAACUGGCUGACUUCUGCAUAUGCCAGAGCCCUGGGGGUGAAGCUUACCUCCUCUCUCUUCACUCAACCAGUGCCACAUGCUUCCCUGUCCCUGGCAGGAAUGGAUGGCCCUGCUGCCCCCUGCCCUGCUCCUCACCCUCCACUGCCCCCCUGCUUUGCCCAACUUCCCCACCAACCAUUUGGUUUAUUUACAAAAAGGAAAACAACUAAAGGGUGGGAAUUUGCCUAGGUAGCUCCUUGUUCCUAAUAUGCUUUUUUCUUGUGAAUCCAAGGAAGAGGGCCCCUAGACGUGCGGGAGGGUCCCCCCACCACCACCCCCACCCCACCACGACCACCACCACUGAGCCUAGCCAUCCCUUUCCUUGAUGUCACUUUCUGAGCACAGAUGAGGAAGAAAGAACUCGGGGGACAGAGUAGGGGCACGGGCUGCAAAUCACUGGGAUAAUUGGGUGUAACACAGGAAUGUAAAAAGGCAACUUUUUUUCAAUUCAGGUACUACCUGUCCCUUCCUUAAAGGAAGAGAGAAAAAGGCACUCCUUGGACAGGGAAAUUCAGCUUGACUGGGGCUGGUGAGCUAGCCGGGGAAGAGGGAAGGCCAUAUCAGACACACCACUCUCCCUGGACAGACACCUUCCUUCUCUCUCUCUCUGUCUCUCUGUCUCUCUCUCUCUCUCUCGUACCCUGUACACUUACAAGGAAAGGGUUUAGGGAUCCUCUCCAGUGGAAAUUCCUUUGGGUUCUUCCAGCCAAACAGGAACUCACUUUCCGAACCGUGCUCCUCUCACUCUCCACCCACAGUUCUCUGUGUCUAAAAUACCCCUCUUCUAAGCACAGGGGCACAGAAGCCCAGAGGACGGGCCAAGUCCCUGGUCCAGAGACCAGAGUUGCCAUAGUUUGCCCAAGCUGCUCAGCACAAGGUUUACGAAGAGUCAAAGACCGUCCCAACCCCCAGUGAUGUCUUCUAGGCUUGGCUCAGCCCAGCAGUGCCUGGAGCGAGGCGGGGCCGGCCUAAACUGGACACAGGUCCUGAGAUGCAUCGCCAGGCCGGCCAGGAGGAGCAGGUCAGAUGGGACCCAGGGACAAGAAUAGCCCAUGGGAGGCAAAGCUUUUACACGCACACAAGCUGCUCCAAGGAAUGUUCUUUAAAAAGCCACUCUGAUGGCCUGGAUCUUCCCAUCAGCUCGAGUUCCGGAUUUAGGGGUGAGAGGGGAGACUUUCUAUCGAAUUCCCUGGGCACCCCCACAGUUGGGGAUGGACACACCCUCUGGAGAUGAGAUGACCUGGCCAGCACGUUAGUGGGCAGGGCUCACUGGGGUGCCCAGCACGGGUACUGCUGGCCCUGCCAGGGGCAGGGGUGGGGAAAGCAGUGCCCUAUUUUGGAGAGUGAGGAGAACAGUUAGGGGAGGCCUGAGUGGAGGAUUUGGGAAGGAAGCCAAGGGAAGAGAGGGCCUGUACCCCUCCUUACUGGCCCCAAAGCAUGUGACUGGAUGGAAGCAGGGCCAGGGGCCUGCGGAAAGAGCACACCCAGCCAUGGGCUCCUCCCCAAGCACUGGGACCCCUGGGAACCGUGGACAGGGGAAGUUGGAAGAUGGCUCAGCAGGCAGUCUGACCCAGCUCGGGGUCCAGAGCUUCACCUUGAAGGGGGUCUUGGAAGAGAAACACAGUCUUUCCCCCAAAGAGGGACACAGGCCUGAAAUUCUCUUCCAUACACAUCUGGCAUCUCCAUACAGCACAUCUGCAAUUGCCCGCGUGUGGUCACGUGGCUGCUUUCUCUUUCAUCUUCUCUCUUUUUUUAACAGCGUGGUCCUCUUCCCUAUCUGCUGUGUGUUUAACCAUUUAAGGAAAUUCCUGAUUUGCAUUAGGGAAUUACUCAAGCCCAGCCCAGUGGGGCAUUUUUUUGGGAGGAAGCAGGGGUGAGGAAAAACGUGUGUGUGCGUGCGUGUGCUCACACGUGCACACGCACACACAUGUGUUGCAUAUGAGGCCACAUUUCCUUUGCCUAGAGCACUAAUGUUCGCCCUCCGUCCUCUCCCCACAUGUUCAUUCACGCCCACGCUGACACAUGUUCAGGUGGGACGUUGCCUUGGGCUCACGCACAUGCACACACAGAUAUGCACAGAACACACACUGCAUGUGUGUCAGCAAAGCCUCUUGCAACUCCCUCUAUGAUGUAAAUUGUGUCCUCUGUGAGGCACCAGCAGCCUGAGUCAGUCCCACUUGGGUCACAGCUGGGAUCUGUUUUCUGAGAGGAAGAGGACAAUUGUGCAAACCAGGGCUCUUAGAGGAGCCGUGAAGGCAGGCUGGGCGCGAGGCGAAAGUCCACCUUUAGCCCCUACCCACCCAUCCGAAAUGUUGCCUCCACCGCCCCAGCCACACCUGGAAGACCAGGUCUCCAGCUGGGAACUCUAGGUUUCUGAGAGGACAUCAUUUUGCCUUUGUUUACAUAUCUGCUGGGGCAGUGGAGGCUCCCAACCCCCAUCCAGAUACCUGGCUGCAUGGGGACGGUGUGGUGGGCACUGCCCAUGGGUACCAGGGAGCCACCAUGACCUAUGGUUUCCUGGGCCAGUGAUGCCAGGACCCCUGUCCACGUGACUCCAUCUGAAGCAGGUUCACACCAGGACACUGGCCACCUGGCACCUUCGGCUCUGUUUGGGUCUGACCUUGGGAAGUCUCCUGGUGUUGCACCCAGCAGCCCACACUUGGCACACCAGGGUUGCCCUUCCCCCUCCUGGCCAUGCCUCCAGGUUCCCAUCAGCUCCAAACCCAGGCUGCCAAGACAACCAAAAAGCUGCUCCGAGUUCCAGAAGCACCUUCCUCUCAGGGCUCCAGGGAGUUUGCAAACCCAGGCUGCCUGUCCUGACACUGCCGUCGUGAUCCAGAGGAGACAGGACACUUCCCGCUGCCCCACUGGUACACACUGUUUCAAGGCCUUCUGACUCUGCCCACACCUCCCUGGGCAGUGCUUUCAAAGGUGCCGGAGCCACCGCAUAGCCCACCCUGGGCAGGGCUUCCCUCACCUUCCCAUGGUGCCCACACUGGGGGAGGGGCUAGAGGCGAGGAUGCGGGGAGGGGGUACCAUGUGAGCGGCAGCCACUGGCUCCUGAGUGCCUGCCUCUGUGUGGUCCUGCCCAGGGCAACCCUGACCACCACCCUGAGCACAGGUGCCCUCUUGGGACCCCCCCCACCGCCACCAUUUGUUUCUGUAAGAAAAACCAAAAGCAUUUAAAUGCGUUACCUUUCUUUACUCAUAGACUCCAAAAACAAAAACCAACACAAAUCUUUAUUUUUUGAUUUAAAAGAUAUAAUGAAAAAUUAUGGGGAGAGUAUUCAUUAUGGCCGGUGUCUAUCUGUAAGAAAUAUAUAUAUAUAUAUCUAUAUGUCAUAUAGCUUGUUAGCAGGUUUAUUUUUUAAAUGAAAGGUAAGGAAGAAACUGAUUUGAAAUCUAUACCAUGAGAAGUCCC